AUGUUUUUUGUUCUGUUUAAUCUCGUUACAUCAUUUUCAACUGAAAAACCAUACUCUCCAGAUAUCAAAAUUGGAUGUUUUAAUAGAUCCCAAGAUAAAUGCAAGCGCAUCGUUACAGAAACAAGUAUUGUAUACUGCCACGUUUUAGCCCGCGUUGAAGGACAAUUACAUCCAAUCAUUGACACAAGAGCUGCUGGAAAUCAACUCAGAAUUAAGAUGGAUUCACAGAAAGUUAUACCAGGAUUUACAAAAGGCUUAUUGCAAGCAUGCCUCGGAGAAACUCGCCGUAUCACAAUACCUCCUGGCCUUGCUUAUGGUGAGCAAGGAGUGGAUGGACUCUUUGAUCCUGAUUCUACUUGGAUUGUCGAUGUAGAAAUCCUUGAUAUUGUUGAAAACAAGCUGGUUUAA